AUGCCUAUGCUCAAAGACCCCUCCAAGAAAUACAGGUCGUUCCCAACAGUCAACCUGCCAAACCGACAAUGGCCCUCCAAGACCAUCGACAAGGCUCCUAGAUGGCUGGCAACGGAUCUCAGAGACGGGAACCAAAGUCUGGUAGACCCAAUGAACGGCGAUGAGAAAUGGGACUAUUUCAAGAUGCUGUGCGACCUGGGUUACAAGGAGAUCGAAGUCUCCUUCCCUUCCGCCUCGCAAACCGACUUCGACUUCACUCGCCGCCUGAUUGAGACCCCUGGCGCCGUGCCCGACGAUGUCUACCUGCAAGUCCUGUCGCCCUGCCGUGAGGACCUCAUUCGCAGAACGGUCGAGUCUCUGAAGGGCGCCAAGAAGGCUAUAGUACACAUUUAUCUCGCCACAAGCGAGUGCUUCCGGCGCAUAGUCUUCGGCUUCACCGAGGAGGAGAGUCUCGAGCUGGCCAAAAAGUGCACCCGUCUGGUCCGCCAGCUCACCAAGGACGACCCCUCGCAACAGGGCACCGACUGGGCAUUCGAGUUCAGUCCCGAGACGUUCAGUGAUACUGGAUUGGACUUUGCGGUCAAGAUCUGCGAGGCGGUCAAGAGCGAGUGGGAGCCCACCGAGAAGAAUCCAAUCAUCUUCAACCUGCCUGCCACGGUCGAGAUGUCUACGCCCAAUGUCUACGCCGACCAGAUCGAGUAUUUCUGCAGAAAUAUCACACAGCGCGAGACAGUCUGUGUAUCUCUUCACCCUCACAAUGACCGCGGUUGUGCGGUCGCCGCGGCGGAAUUGGCACAGAUGGCUGGUGCGGACCGAGUGGAAGGCUGUCUGUUCGGAAACGGAGAGCGCACUGGCAACGUGGACCUGGUCACCCUGGCCCUGAAUCUCUAUACGCAAGGCGUCAAUCCAAAAAUUGACUUUUCCGACUUGCAGCAAGUUAUUAGGACGGUUGAGGUGUGCAACAAGAUCCCUGUACAUCCUCGCGCUCCAUAUGGCGGUUCCUUGGUCGUCUGCGCUUUCAGUGGCUCUCACCAGGACGCCAUCAAGAAGGGUUUCCAGGCCCGGGACAAGGCUGGUGCCGAGUACGACGACCGCUGGCAGGUUCCUUACCUGCCCCUGGAUCCCAAGGACAUCGGUCGCGACUACCAGGCCGUCAUCCGUGUCAACUCGCAGAGUGGCAAGGGCGGCGCCGCGUGGAUCAUCCAACAACACCUGCACCUCGACCUGCCUCGCGGUCUCCAGGUCGACUUCAGCCGAGUCGUGCAGAAGGCGGCCGAGGACCGCAGCCGCGAGCUCCUGCCCGUUGAGAUUACGGAGCUGUUCGAGAAGACAUACUUCCUGCGCGACAACCCUCGAUUCACAAUCGUGGAUUACAGCAUCUCGCCCGACCGGUCGCGUAGCCCUGCGCCUCCCGAGCCAGGCAAGACGCCCGACACCAUGUCCCUGCCCCGUGUGUUUGAGGGUGUCCUCUCCGUCGACGGCAAGGAAUACAAGCUGCGCGGCCGGGGUAACGGCCCGCUGUCGUCCCUGUCGGAUGCCCUGCGCAGCGUCGGUGUAGACAUUGACGUGAACGACUACAAGGAGCACGCCGUUGGCAAGGGCCGCGACGUCAAGGCUGCGACGUACAUAGAAUGCACGGCUUCCGGGUCAACCCAGACCAAGGUGUGGGGUGUGGGCAUCCACGAGGAUGUCGUACAGAGCUCGCUGAUGGCGCUGCUGAGCGCGGCUAGUAACUUCGUUUUGUCUCGUCCCAGCAGUCCUAUCUUGAGGAACCUGAGCGACAAGCAAAUCGAGGGCAAUGGCAAGGCUAAUGGAGCGGACAUUAUCAACCGCCUGGAGUCUGCUGCGGAUGAGAUGUAG